AUGGGUGAAGCGGCGGUUGCCCGGGGCGCCGUGUUGAAUCGCUCGAUGUAUUCGGGCUCAGCACGAAAGGAUAAUGCUGAGGAAGUGGCCAGACGACGGGCAGCGAUGCAGCAGCAGAUCGAACAAAGGCAGCAAUUGGCGAGGCGGUUACAGGAUGAAAAAAUGGCUCGGGCCGUGGCACAGAAAGAAGAGGUUUGUGAUCGACUUGUUAUUCGAUCGGUUCAUGAGCGUUUGCAAAAACAACGCGAAGCACAGCAGCGAGAUAUGUUGCGAGCCAAGGCCGUUUUGGAUCGGCGCGCCCAGGCUUUAGCCGAGGAGGAAGAGAAGAAAGAGGCUGUAUUGGCGAAAGUGCAUGCAGUAGCUUCUCGCCUUUCGGCGCAAAACAAAGUGCGGCCAGUUUAUGCAUUUGGUAGCAGCACGCCACGAGAAUUGGGAUACCUCACACAUCUCACAAAGGAACAAAAGGUUUACGAUCGCAAGCUGACCCCGUCUGACCGCAGUCCAACUGGAACUUCCGGAUCGUCGGGCCGAUUAACAACAACACCACCCAAUGGAUCACGUGGUCACAUGUCGAGUGCUCCGAUGACGCGGAGCAUGUAUGUUGCACGUUCAGAAAUAAAGAAACGCCAGAAGCCAGUACCGAACUGUAUGACGCAGUCCGUUUUGGUGACACCGAAAUCAGCGAGAGUUACGGGUCUCAGUCAAACACCGGUUCAUCGUCCAUCGACUGCGCGCCGUGCACCAUCCGCUGCAAUGGCUCUCACAUCAUCCGUUCGGAGAAGUGAUUUGCCGAAGACAACGAAGAUCCUUGCGCAGUGUCCUCCGUUACAGGGGCGUAAAUCACAGACUGCACAACCACAGCCUUCAAAGAAGAUCGAAGUUCCGAAGUCGAAACCUAUACCAAGAAGAGCCGUGAAGCCGCCUGUAAUGGAUCAGAAAGAGACAGUGAAAGCGCAGAUUGCACAGACUAAAUCUUUGCAUGACGCACAUUCCAAUGGGACAUUCGUAAUUCUUGAAAAAGAAAAUGUUAAUGUGCCAGACAACGCGGCUAGUGCUGAAGUGAAAAAUGAAGUCGAUGCCGGGAAAGUGUCGCUAGUAAGUGAAGGUGAAGUUGCAGCAGCAGCGCAAAUUCCCAGCGAAAAUGGAAUCACUGCUGAAGUUCCCAAGGAGGAAUUUGUGGCUGAGGACAGGAUUAAAGUUGUUGCUGAGGAACGGAAUGUAGUCGAAUGCGACUCUAAAAUGGAAGAUGAAAUUGAUGCUGUUGCUGUUGUGCAAAGUCCGAAAGAAGUUAACUUCGAAGCAGAUAACUCAGUGGCGGAUCGUGAAAUUCCUAUCAAUGAAACGUUUGUGGUUGAUAGUGUGGAAGCGGAUGAUCAUGUAGACAUGGAAGCAAGCAAGAGUGAUCUGAAAAGUUCGGGUGAUACAAAUGCUGAAUUGAAGGAUGCUGGCGAGGAGGGCAAUGUGGUAGAGGCUGAGAGAAGGGAUAUUGAGAUUCCUAUGCACGAAGUUGAGGAACACGUUGCUGCGGCGGACGAUGAAGGACAAAAAAAAGCGGAAAACGACACAAGCGAGACUACUGCGCGAGAAGCGUCGCUUGCCAAAGAAAAUGACGAUGCAUCUUUCAAGGAAGAAUCGGUUGCUAAAGCAGAAGAUGUAGGGGAAACCGAUGUACCCGCUGUCGAAGCAAUUAGAACUGAACCCGAAAUACCAUCCGCUCAGGGUCCAUCGUCAGCAAAAACAAGUACUGAUGUUAUCGCUGAGGAUCCAGCAUUGAUGGGAGAAAAAAUUUUAUUGGAAGAAAGACGUCGUGCGCAAGAAGAACGCUUGGAAAGGGAGCAGCGAGAGCGUGAACUGCGCAAAGCGAAAUUGGCAUCAAUCAUGAGUCGAACACGUGGUGGUCUUCCUCCGAUGGCUGUGGUUUCUCCAACGACACAGAGUAUGAGAAAUCCUGAGGUAAUGUUUACAGAAUUUCGAAAGUUCGAAAGGAUUGUUUUUUUACAAGAUCUGGAUCAUGAAGAAGAAAAUGCUGUGAAAGUUUUAGGCUGUAUCACAGGAACCGAUGAAAGUCGUGGAACGUGUCCCUUCACCAACUGA